AUGUCAAGCGAAGACCAGGAAGCACAGGAGGAUGAAUUACUAGCUCUCGCUAGUAUUUUCCAUAAAGAUGAAUUCAGGAGAGCAGAAACCUCAAACGGAGGGGAAAUCCAAGUGUGCGUCGAGUUACCAUCUAACUUUGAAAUAUCUAUCAAAAGUGAGUGUUUGUCUUGGUAAUUCUUAUUGCUCUGAACUAUUUUAUACAGAAUACACUACACUAUAUUUUGUUGUAUUCUUUCUCUUUUAUAUAUCCAACUACCACUGAGACUACUUCUGCCUCUGAGAUCACACCAAGGCACUACGCUUCCUUCUACAAUACGCAUUUUCUUUUGGACCAGAACAGAGAGACUCUGGUUUGGCUGUUUGAUCUGCCUGUAAAUACUUCAAAGACUUAUUCUUCCUGGUUGUUAUAAUCUUUAAUAUUUGCAACCAGAUGAUUUUAUAUUUAGUAUAAUAACUCUUCAGAUUAAUUUAAGAGUUGUAUCAGAAUAAAAUUUGUGAUGUGCCGUUAGAAAUGCAUAUAUAGCCGUUUUGGUUUGUACUGUUCAAAUUGCAUAUUAUUUUCACGAACUGUAUCUCAGUUGGCUUUUGCGAAAGCCCAACAGUUAAUGUAUACUUGCUUUGUCUGUCGAGUGAAGAAUAAAAAAAAAAAAAAGAAAUGCAUAUAUAGAUUAUGACACGUUUGCAAGGUAAACUAUCUACAGGUUAAUAGGUUAAGCACUCAUACUUGGAGAACAACUUAAAUGGUUACUCAGAACCACCAUGACCACUUCUGCUUUUUAGAUGUGGUCAGGGUGGUAGGCGUCUGGAUGUGCAUCUCUGCAUAUCCAGACUUAUAGUUUAUUGUGUGCUGGGGGCAAGUUGUUUCCCAGCACACAUGACUUAAAUAGACCAAUUUUCUUUACACAAUUCUAUACAUAAAAAAUAUCUAUCAUCAGCGCUCACUGCACUCUGCCAACAGAUGUAAUAAUUUUCCCCUUCUCCCUGCUUACAACCCUACUUUUUUUGUCAAUCUUUAGUUAGUACUGUGCACAAAAUAACAAAACAUUCCUGUUAUGCCAGGACAGCAAUAGCAUAGAAAAUACAAAUACAUAGCAGAACAUUGUAUGGUAUGUGGAAUCACGGCUUACCGCUUCUCCAUAAAUCCCCAUCCGAUUCACCAGGAUCUCUAACCCAGGCCGGAUAAGGAACCGAUGCCUUAUGAUGACCCUAUUUUAUUGAAAAAUCAUCCAACCUCCCUAUCCCAUAUUUAAAAAAUAAAAAGGUUGGAGAAAUCCUUUGCAUUAAAGGUGUUUGUUGUUGGUACAUAGAUCUGCAGAAUAAUCAUGAGAUUAAAUGGAUAUUAUAGUCACCAGAACAACUACAGCUUAAUGUAGUUGUUCUGGUGUCUGUAGUCAGUCCCUGCAGGUUUCUUGCUGUAAACAUUGCCUUUUCGAGAAAAGGCAGUGUUUACAUUAGUGCCUAGGAACUCCUCUAGUGGCCACUCCUCUGACAGCAAUUAGAGGUGCUUCCUGAGGCAGUGCUGCACAGUGACAUUCAGCGUGCUGAACUUUCCCCAUAGAGAUGCCUUGAUUCAAUGCAUCUCUUUGAGGAGAUGCUGAUUGGCCAGGCCAGCAUUUGGCCUCGCCCCCAUCAUCCUUAAUGAUCCCAGCCAUUGGAUUGGCUGAGAUCGUAAAUCCUGAUGAUGUCAGUCAAGGAGGUAGAUCGGGGAUGGGGUGCUAUGCUGGAAAUAAAGUAAGUUUUAUAGGGUCAGGAAUACAUGUUUGUGAUCCUGACCCUAUAGUUUUCCUUUAAGGUAUUUUCUGAACUUUGUAUUUGUACUUUGUAUAUAACAUUUUUGCUGUGGAAAAAGUGCAUGUUAUCCCUGCGGACAUAAGUUCAAUUAACUCGGAUUAAAACAUUUAAAUAUUGCCUGAAUAUAUAGUCUCAUGCUACAUAAAAUACAGCUAUUUUAAUUAGGUGUAACUUCUGCUAUAAUCUACCUUAAAUAGAAGUGUUUAAAUAUAUGAUUCCUCCCAAAACAUUUUAUUAAAAGAAAAUUCAAUUUAAAUAAAAAAAAUGUUUUAAUUAAAAAAAAUAAAUCAAUCUAUUAUUGAUAUUUUAUUUCUUUUAAAUCAUUGAUUUUUAUCCAGUCUGCUCUUAAGUAACUUUACAUAUGAGCAAUGACUGAUGGAAACUGGCAAGACGUUAAAACUCCACCCUAUUUUUUGCCAAAAAAUACCUUAUCUAUAAGUACUCCUAACUUUGUUUUUUUUAUGUUUUCUGAUUGUAUUGGAAUUUCACUGAAAUUCCAAUGCAACCUUCAUCAGUUUUUCCAAAACAAUUCUAUCCUUCCUAGUCCCACAAAGCCUUUAGAGGUAACGAAAUCCGAAAACUUGUGUACCUAACCAAAAUUUGUUGGCCUUCCCGUGUCGUCGUUCUUUGUGCUUAGAUUCAAGAUGCCACCACUCACAAAUGACCGGUAUUUAGAAACUCGUGGUACAGAGAAAUGGAUUCUGAGAUCUCCCAAGAAGAAUGUGAAAGAUUGUUCACCUUCCUUGGUUUCUCUUCCAUAGAUGUACACAUGCAACUAGAUUAGUAUGUCUAAUCAUCUGGUGGCAUUUAAUGCCCAUGGUACUAUAUUACAUGAUGCCCCUCAGUUUGAUGGAGGUGUGACAUGGAUCAGGAUAUCCAUGUCACACCUCAUAUCAGUGCACCAAAAUCUGACAGUUUUGGGAGAAAAUUAAAGUACUGAUAUGCACAUUCUCCUCAUGCAAGAUUCCAUUCACACCUACCUCAAUACUAUUUUAUACCGCCUCAGACUCUUUAAAGAAGUAUUGAUACUCGCUUAUCCCCUACCUUUUAAAUGUAGCCAAAACAAUCAUCCGUGCAUACUGUAAGACUGAUAAAAUUCCAUCCAUCAAAGAGUGAAUUGAAAGGAUAGAAAAUUGGACAUAUCAUGCACAUCAUACUUACCUUUAUAUAUGGAGAACCUAGUUCCAAUUUCUUCACAUUGCCAUUGAGUAUGGAUGGGACAUCUGCUUCUCCAUGACCCAAGACAUGUCAACAGCUAAUGUAUACCAUAUUUCACCCCUCAUUGCUCUGACAUCACUGAAUAGUUCCUGUGACCCAUUUGUAGCCCAUUUGUAUAAGCUGCUUCUAUUUUGUUAUAGAUCAUUUGUUCUGUGUUGUUUAAUAUGUCUGCUAUGCUCCUCAUCAAGCACUGUUUUGUCCACAUUGCCUUUACAUUGUGCACUUCCUGAUUUAGAUGGUUGUUUUUAAUUGUUCAUGCUCACUAUACCUUUUUUAUGAAUGGGGAGCUAGUGUUUGCCUUAGAAUGUCAGCUGACUGCUCUAGCCAAUCAGCAGUGCCCAUGCCCGGCGUCACUAACUUAAACUCACAAACCAGAUGUUGCCUAGAUUGGUGCUGGAGACCACCUUUGGGGUUAAACCAUUUGAGAAUCCACUAAGUGUUCUGACCAGUGUGCGCUUGCCUCUGCCUGUUUUUUUGUUUUUUUCUCACUGACACAAGAGUUGUAUUAAGUUAAAAUCCAAAUUGCAAAAGUUCUGAUAAAGUAGACAGUAACUAUAGCCAAGUUUGUAAAUUUUGAUCUACAAAUUCACCUAUUUUUGUUUUAUGUAUGCAGUUUGGUCUUCAGUUUGGUGUUUUGAAAAUAACCCACCUGAGUUUUAGGUAACAAUCUCAGUAUUAUCCCAAGAUUAGUGGAUAGGACUCCUGGAGGAGCAGGAACAUGUAUUCAGUCUCCAUCCAAGUUCACAUUUUGUCCUUUCUCCAGGUAACGCUGCAGAAAACAUCUUCAUUGAGCACCUGAAAUACACGCUAUCUUACCUACCACCAAUUGUGCUGAAGUUUAACUUUCCUUCAGAUUACCCAUCAACCUCGCCUCCGAACUUCACACUCAGGUGCAAGUGGCUCAUACCCAAACAGGUAAAAGAGAUUUAUACAAUGUUCUGUUAAUUUUAUCAUCCCCCGUAAGGUAUCACUCAGUGCCACUCAGUAAUUGGUCAGAGUGAAGAUCCACGAAAUGCUAUUUUAAAUCUUAAGCUGUCAGGGAACAUUUGCCAUGAUGCAUCAGAAAUGCUACUUAUGAGCUGUUUAAAGUGAAACUGGCAUGCCGAACUUAUCUUUCCCCAAUUGCUUCCUCUUCUCUUUGUCUCUCAGGAUCUGUUCUUCUUUUCUUCCUUUCUGAUCUAGUUUUUCUUUAAAACAUAAGAUAAAGUACUACUACUUUGCCUUAUGUAUUUUUCCUACACUUGACCAUCUUUUUAUAAACUCUUUAUUUAUAUUUUUUUCAAAUUUUGGUUUAUCAGAAAUAGGGAUUACAGAAUAAAGAAAGGGAUACAUAUCAGGAAAAGUACAAUAUUUUUGAUAUCGAAAAGGAAAACUUAAAUGUACAGCAUAAAACAAAGGAGCUAGUAUUAUAAACAUCAAAGUAUACCAAUGUUACAUAUGGAGUCAGGUACAAAAAGGUAUAUUGAGUACAUCAAGAGACAUCGUGGCUGUGUUGAUUCUCCUAAUGUAAAGAAACAAUUAAAAUAAAUGAAUCAAGGAGAAGGGAUUACAUAGGAAAGGGAGUGAAGAGGAGUUACAUCUUCGCAGGUUAGGGGGAGCGCGAGGAAGCUCAGAGGGGGUAGUGAUGCAUUGCGGGUUAAGCCCGUAGUGUCUUUAUUGCAUGGAGGAAUUGUUACGCUUGACCAUCUCUGACCCAAGGAGGAGCUUGUCUCCUCCAUUUCCGGUGGUGAAAGAAAUUUUCCCACAAUACUCACCUCUCCACCGUGAUCUUGCGUUGCUUCAUUCGCUCUCCGAACAUCCUGUCAUUAGAUGCGCCGACAAAACUACCCAAUUUCCUCCUAACAGAAUGUGUACAGUUUGUCCAUUCGUGUUAGGAUAAAAUUCUGUACUUUUUGUUCAGUUAUGAAUUUCAUGAUCCGAUCAGUGCCGUGGCUGCAUCUUGCUUUUUUCUGACGAAUGAACGAAUAGCCAAAAUUCCCAUCCAAAUUUCGGUCAAUAGUGAAUGCCCAAGUUAAACUGGGCAUGCGUAGCAAUUUAACAAUGCUAUCUAUUGAGGGCAGAUGACGUGUCCUACAGGACCUUCAUCUGCCCACACAAAGAUGGCGGCACUCAGAAUCUAGAACUGGUCUAGAAAUCAACAGGUUAGAAAUGGUGAAAUGGGGGACGUAGGGGCAUUUGGGCGUGACUAGAAAGCAUUAAGAACGCAUGUUCCAGCAUGCCACAAACAUUUUCCAAUUGGUUAAUUGUUUUUACUUUGUUUCAGCUUGUCAGACUUUGCCAGCACUUAGAUGAACUGUGGAAGGAGAAUGCAGGAUGUGUUGUCUUGUUUGCUUGGACUCAAUUUUUAAAAGAGGAGACACUUGAAUACUUAAGCAUCCAAUCACCCUAUGAGAUUGAAGUGUGUCCCAAUGUGUCACAGAAUGGUGUUCACCCACCGGGAGAAGCCGAUCUCUGCAGCAAUGCAGAAUCACAAGAGGAUGGGGUCUAUGACAAGAGGAACAUACAGGAUGUGAAGUCUGUUUCUGCCCUGAUGAAAUACAUCUUGGAAUUCAAUGAGUCUCAGCAAAAGAAAUGCUUUGAUAGCAAAUUGUACAUGUGCAAUAUCUGUUUCUCAGAAAAGCUGGGUAGUGAGUGCACAAAUUUUAAACUUUGCAAUCAUGUCUACUGUAACAUUUGCCUCAAAGAUUAUUUUGAAAUUCAAAUCAAGGAUGGCCAAAUCCACUCUCUGAACUGUCCAGAACCAGAGUGCUCCUCCACAGCUACACCUGCUCAGGUAAUCCCAAAGUUUUCUCUAUACCACAUCCCACAGUUAUGUUUCUUUGUGCUGUGCUAGAAUUUGGUAAUUGGCCUGUGUUAGAUCAUUCUUAGAGUGGGAUACAUUUACUGUUUCAUUAAACAAUAUAUUGGAUAUCGAUAUGUGAACGAUCUCCUGAUGAUGGGGACUAUUUAAGAUCAAAACCAGAAUGCUGCAGGCACAUUAUAUGGCUGUUUUGUACAAAUUUUAGAGUAACAUUUUAAGACUCUCAUCAUUGUAUUGUUACAACACUUACUUACUUUAGGGCCUGUAAAACUUUAGAAAGUAGCUGUGCACCCUUAAAAAUUAACAUGUCCCACAGAUACUACAAAGCCUUGUGUCUAAAUGUUAUAUGCAUAUUGUACAUGUUGUGACAGAGUCUAUGGGAGGGUAAUAGAAGGAAGGUAUUUAGGACCCAGAAUCCUCCAUAGCCUGUACUCAUUCACCUGCCCAAUUAGCAACUGCUGAGGCUUUAAUUAACAGGUCUCAGAGCAGAAAAGGGGGGAGAUACAAUCUGACCUGCAGAGAACAUCAGAAAAAGUGCUAAAGGUUGGUGAAACCAAUGUUUAUUUUGUUGGUUUGUUUAGAUUAUUACCCUGGUUUAGUAAGGGACAUUACUUUAUGUUUAGUAAGUGCUCGAAUUUGAGCUAGGAUUUUGUUUGUAUAUUUUCCUUUCUGUUCUGCUGCAAUUUUGAACAAACUGAUUGAUGCAUGGAUAUUUGUGCACAAUGUAAAUAAACCACAUCGUUUUUGCAUAAGAGACUGUUGUUCUAUACCGGUUACCCUAGAGGACUGUGUUGCUUUGCCCACAAAGGUCACAAUGUAUAACUUUUUCAAGAUCCAAUUGGAGUGCUCUGAAAAAGUAAUUUUGAAAUGUUAUUGUUUCAUUUAUUUAUUUUAUGUUUUAGUCUUUUACGAUGAUGGAAUAAUGGAAGUAAUCACCUCUGCCUCUUUGCGUGUAGGUAAAGGAACUGGUAGAAGAAGAGUUGUUCAGCCGUUAUGACCGUCUCCUCCUGCAGUCCAGCUUGGAUCUCAUGCCAGAUGUUGUGUACUGUCCUCGUCCAAGUUGUCGGGCACCAGUCAUGCAGGAACCAGAGAGCACUAUGGGUAUUUGUCCCUGUUGCUAUUAUGCAUUCUGCACGCUCUGUAAAAUGACCUACCAUGGAAUCUCCCCAUGUAAAGUAACAGCAAGUAAGCAAAUUAUUAUUCAGCACUUUUGUGUUUUUAUUUAAGCUGGUUGUGGUGAUAGAAAGUGUUACCUGGUUCUCAAAGUGGCGAAUGACCUUGUAAAAUCUUCACUUAAUAGAGCAAAUUAAUAUCCUAUAUUUUAAAUGACAACUUUCAGUUUAUGAAUUAUGUCCAAAACGGCACAAAACCGCCUUGGUCGGGAUAUAACAAGUGGGAUAAUAGGGGAUUUGGCAUAAAACUUAAUAUCCACGUUGAACAUGGAGAUCGGAUGGAAAUUUGGACACCAUGUACGGAGUUUCCCUGGCUUGGGGAGUGUUCUAUUCAUUUGUUGUAAUCUAUCUGUUGUCUUGAUAUUAUUGAAAACAGCACUCAAAUGAAGAACUAGGGAUAAGGCAAAAGUUUUUUAGUAGCAGCCAAAGGGCGGUCAGAUUACAGUGCCUUAUGAGAUGCAAUAGCCCCUGCUAUAACAUCAUCCAUUAAGGGGGAAGUUAGUGCUUCUGCUUGAAAUGUGUGCAUCUGCGAAAUUGUAAUUUCUUCCCAAAAAUCUGCAGUAUUUUGGGGAAUGGGUUGAUGUUGCUUUAGAUCCUCUUACAAGCUGUAAAUAAGAUAACAAGAAAGAAAAGAACACGAUAAGAAAGAAACGUGAAUGGGAAGUUGCUUGUUUUUUACUUUAUUCUUCUCUUCUACCUUGCCAUUCGUUUUGCAUUCCUUUCUGUUUUCUUAAUGUAUUUUUUAUUAUCAAUAUCGUUUUUCUUCUUUGUCUGCUUUUGUACCAGAAACAAUGGCUGAAAAGGGGUCAGUAGACUGUUGUGUUUCCUUGUGUAUCUCAGAAGGACUCAUGGUUAGUCAAUCAGAAUAACAAGUGGCCAUUUUAGAUAACUCAUCUAAAUUGUACCCUUGCAUGUCAGUAAAGCCUGGUUUGUGGCACAGACAAAUCAGUAAAAUACCCAAAUUAUGAAAUAAGAAAAAGGAUACUGAACAUAACAGAUAAGGAAAUUGUGCUAUGCAGUUAGGUCAUCCCAGACCAGCCUGGUAAUCAGGUGGCCUUCAAUGGCGACACAGACACAUAUGGGGAAGGCCUCAGAGUGCCAAACAGGACCCAAACCUCAGAUACUUUCCUCUGGUGAAACAACAACUUGAGGGUCUUCAUUAUUCCAUAUUACCAGCUUUGUAGGAAAUCCCCACGUAAAUGUCAGGCCAUUGUUUCGGAAUAAUUAAAUGUUUUCAAAUUCUUUCCUCCUUGCCGUAAUGUUUGCCGAGUGAUUAACAUAUAAAGACAGAGUAAAGUAUGGUGCAGGUAGAGAACUGAAUUUCGGAGUCACGGCCAGAGGCUCCUCUUUCAUGUAGAAGUAGUGAAGGUGAACAAUUAAAUCACUGGUUGCUGAGAAUGGUAGGCCUUUGGUAAAUGGAUGUGCCAUAAAAAAAAAAAAAACUCAUUGUCUCUUUUGUUGGGGAGGGUAGCUGAAAUCAGGGCCUUCAAGUACGCUGGCUGUUUAGACUUGAAGGUUGUUGCUGCGGAAGGGAUCCUCCAUGUCCACCAUUUUUGCCAGUAUUUUAGUGUGCACCAUAUCCAGAGUUUGGAUAUUAUCCACUAGCUCAUUGUGUCCACAGCUCGUCUAUCUUCCUCUCUAUGUGGUCAAUCCUGUCCCCUAGUUCACAAAUUUCAUUGUGUAGGUUGGCUGUUAUGGCAUUGAACUCAGCCUGUAAUGUGGAGCGUAGGCUGUGCAGCAUGGCUCUGGUUGCAGAUGUGGAGGAAGGGGUGUUGUUGGAGAAUGUGUGUAGCAGCUCUGUUUUGGACAUUGUGUCGGAGGAGUGUGAAGGUGCCUGAUCGGAGCCGCCAUCAUGGCCAUGCCACCGCUUAUCCCUCUUGGAAGUGUUAGGGCCCAUCUGAGGGUUUAGACUGCUGAUUCAGUGCAUCUUUUGGAUUCUUGGGUAUUGUCAUGGGUAGGAGAAGAAAGAUUUGGUGAAAUUAGUGUUGGGUAGUUGUGGAGCACUCACAGCAUGCUACUGCUCGCCUCAGAACCCAGGACAUGCCUCCAAAUACAUAUAUCUUAAAGCGCCUUCUAUUAUUUUAAAGUCUGAUAGUAUACUCUGCUUGUUGGUAUGUCUGCAGUCUUAAACACAUUUAAAUCUCUUUCUUGCAUCAGAUAAACUUAUUUUUGGAAUUAUUUUUGUUCGUUUCAGAAAAACUUCUUGAGGAAGCCGAUAAUGACACAAAGGAGUUUCUGGAGUUGCAGUAUGAUAAAAAAGUGUUGCAGGAUGCAUUGGAUGAGUUGGAAAGUGAAAAUUGGCUGGAAAAAAAUUCCAAGUAUUGUCCCAUCUGUGAAAUUCCCAUACAGGAAAGUCAUAUAGGCAUGCCUUUUGCAAUGCUCGGGGGUGUUGGGAUAAUCUUUGGCUGUCCUUUAGUAUUUAUAAAAGGAAGAAUUUACACUCACUGAGAUUGCAUCAAGCUUUUUACACCUUAAUGGCCAGUGGUUUUCUAAGUUUUAGUGUUCAUUAUCGAGGACUUUUUGGUACUUUUGCAAUGUGUUCAUUCCACAGUAAUUUAACUCUUUUUGUUACCAAUACAUACAAUAUAUAUGUUUUUAUAUUAAAAAGACUGACAGGCUUUUCUUCUGAUACCAUAUAUACAGGUGAUACUCAAAAAAUUAGAAUAUCAUGCAAAAGUUCAUUUAUUUCAGUAAUGCAACGUAAAAUGGGAAACGAAUAUAUGAGAUAGACGCAUUACAUGCAAAGCAUAGUUCAAGCCGUGAUUUGUCAUAAGUGCGAUUAUGGCUUACAGCUCAUGAAAACCCCAAAUCCACAAUCUCCGUAAAUUAGAAUAUUACAUGCAAUCAAUAAAACAAGGAGUGUACAAAGAACAAUAUCGGACCUCUGAAAAGCAUAAGCAUGCAUAUGGACUUAGUACUUGGUUUGGGCCCCUUUUGCAACAAUUACUGCCUCAGUGCGGCGUGGCAUGGAAGCUAUCAGCCUGUGGCACUGCUGAGGUGUUAUGGAAGACCAGGAUACCACCAACACUAAUUAUAAAAUAUAUAUAAAGUAAAAAGGCAUUUUUUUCGCAGUUUUGAUUAUAAUAACUUCUACACUUUAAACUAAUGCAACCAAAAAAAGAAAAUAGAUUCACUUGCUAGUCCCCAGUUAGUACCCAAUAUACCUAGGAUUUCGCUGAAGUUAUAUGUAAAAUAUAACAGGCAGUGAAUAUAGGUUUAAAACUAAAUCUUUGCCAAGUUAGUCAAGCUGAGAUUAUAACUUUAAUAGCAGUCUCAAAAGAGGAAUAUUCAUAGAUCAGUAUCACCUGCUUGAUUUGCACCUUUAAAUCUUGUGCAGCUCUGCAAUGGAACCUUGGUUCUUUGGGGUGUUAUCAGCUAUUUGUCAUCUUAUUGAUGUUGCUUCUGCUUGGCUUGCCAGAGCACCAGUAUAGCUGCUGAGCAGUGGAGCUAUUGCACAGUCAAAGACGAGAAGGGCAAACAUGAAGACCAGUUUUGAGAGGUCGGACUGGAGAAUUGGGACAAUCCUUACAAGGUCAUUCUUGGGAGCGUCCAUUAUUACCUACCUUACAAAACAACACUGUGCUGUUGGGUGCAAGUCCCUAGAUACAUAUUUAAACUCAGUCACUGGAUUGGGUAGUGCUAUCUGCAAAGGGAACUAAUCCAAGGAUUGAGAAAUUUAUGAAAAUCAAAUUGUGAUUAUUUUACACUAACCCCUUUAGAAUUAUUCAUGCAUACUUUUUUUUUCUCAUGCCUGUCUCACCACAGUCCUGAACUUGAUAAAACAACAACAAAAAAUUGGUUGCCUUUUCCUUUUGAGGCACAUGAAUUCUAAUAGGGUUUAUAUGAAAAAAACGGUUGUGUUCAAUAAUAAAAAUGUACUAAGCAGCAAUUGCAUUCUAUGCAAGGUUUGUUACAUCCUCCCCAUGAUCAUGACUAACCCAAGAGAAUCCUUGUUUUUAGACAAAGUGGGCUGUCCAGCAUUAUAUUUUCUAGUUAAUAAAAAAAACACUUCACUGCUCACUGCAGUGGUUAUCGUGCCAGGAGUGCCUUGGUUCUCCCCCAAAUCGUGAGGAAUCAAACCAUUUUUGCGUGGUUUUAUUGUUUACCUGGGGUUUGCCAGGUGCUACUCCUCGCCUCCACUACCACUUUUAGAAGCCAAAUACCCCGCAGUGUUCGCUGAUCACUAAACUUCUGGCCUUUGUGGAAUCAUAGUGGCGGCAGGGAGCAACACCUGUCGGACCCCAGGUAAAAAUGUCAAACCAGUCAAAAAUGGUUUGACCCCUUACAGUGGAGGACGCCAGAGCACUCCUGCCACCAUAACCACUACAGCAAGCUAUAGUGGUUAUGGUGUCUGGAGUGUUCCUUUAUUGCAAUUUGUUUUUGUGUCACUCUUCCAUUUAUAGCUUCUUCCCUCCCUGUAUUUCUAAACAUUGCUUGUUUGCUCUUACAGAAAGUAGGCGGCUGCAACAAGAUGACGUGCACUCGUUGUGGACGAUAUUUCUGCUGGCUAUGUAUGUCCAUAUUGCCUUGGGAAAAUGCAUACGUUCAUUUCAGUGAUCCCGCAUCAGGCUGCUACAAUCGGUAUGUGUAAUGUUCAUUUUCAACCAAACUAUGAUAAACCCAUGUUGUAUACCAAGGUUUCACGUUUGGAGUGGAUUUUGCUAAAUUAUUUCUGACCUUAUUGGAAGACCACGACUGGCUUGUUAUUAUAUGUACCUCAAUGAGUCACUGCAAGAGCAAGAACAACCAUAGUAUAAAAGAGUAAAAUUACAGUCCAGUCACUGUUAGACUCCCAGUGGUGCAUGGUUAAAUAAAUUCAUCCAAUUUCCAAAAUCCAAAACACAUUUGCAUUUGCAAGAGUACUAGUAAAAGAGUAUCUUUAUUAUAACAAUUUAGGCACAAAAUAUUCAAAGUAUAUAUCAUACUGAUAAAAAUGUAGGAGGAACAAACAAGAAAAAGCUAGACGCUUCCUCGACAGCUUAUAACAUAACUAAUGAAAACCAUGAUUUUAAAUGAAAAAGAAACACUUCCUGUCACAUGUGCAAUAAAUGGCUGGUACAAUAUUUAUUAAUUGACUAGCCAUUUAUUGUUACUUGAAGUCACAAUGAAUUGCUAGUCCAUUACUUGCAAUGGAUAUCCUGUGAUAGGCUGAUAGCCAAUUACUGGCGCUCAAUACUUUUCAAUGAUCCCUCUCUGUUUGGGGGGCAUUUUCUACUUUUUUGAUAGGCAUGUUAACAAGAUCUUCCACCUUAUCAGCAAGGUUUUAAUGACCCCAUUCCCAGCUAAAUUACUAUAUACACACACGCACACACACAUAGAUACAUACUAGCACAGAGGGUUAUAAUAUGUUCUCACAGAGCAGAACAAUGCAGUGACAGGCACAGCUGCUUUCACAGCGUAAUAUGCUAUGUACAUUGACACGCGUAAUGACUUGUAGGUAAGCUAUUUAUAGAACAAUAUUCUGCAGUUCUUUUUUCUUUUUUUCUUUUAAAUUCUUUAUUUUUGUUGUGCAAAUAGGUACAGCAGUGUUUGAAUUGCCACAACAGCAUUCUCAAGCGCGAUCAUGAGAAACAUAGUAUAACAUGAGUAUGGCUUGCACAUUUUAGAUAAUUAGUGGUAUAAGAAAAAAAAAACUAUAUAACAUAAGCGAGUGUUGAAAUAUGUCAGUAGAUCGACACUGGUAAGCAUGAAAAUAAACUGUUUAUUCAAAAUUACGGUAAGGUAAUGUAAUAAAAAAUAAAUGGUCGCCUAGGUAACUCGAGGUAUAUACCAUCCUAGUUUUUGGUGCUUAUCUGGCGGACUAUUCAUGAGUCUGGUGGGCACUUCGUUGUCAAGCCCUGCUAGGUGUAUGAGAUAGGCUAGCUCUGUCGUGCAGUUCCCUAUCUGGUGUAGACAUCUCUGGGUUGCUGACCUGGUGCUAGUAUGGCGGGAAGAGCAUGCAGUAUAGUGUCGAAAGUGCUUCAGCUUUAUGUCUAGCGUUUGCACAUGGCCUAUACCUAAAAUUAAGUAGCUUAUAUGUAUAAGUGUGCUAGUGGGGCUAUACGCUGUACAUUGUCGUCUUACACCUCUAGGCUAUGUCACCUCAGUUUUUCCUUUCACUUGGCAAAAUGCUCUGCACACUCAUAGCUCCUUACAUUAGACAAGCUGUGUGUGUCACUGUGCAGAGGUAUUUACAGAACAAUGCUGUGACAGAUGCAGCUCCUUUCACUGAGUAAUAUGCUGUGCACAUUAAUGCAUGUAGUGCCUUACAUUAGACAAGCUGUGUGUGUCACUAUGCAGAGCUAGUUACAGAACAAUGUUCUACAGUGAGAGACUGCAGUUCUUUUCUCUGGGUAUAAUACUCUCAUAUUGACACACUUAGCUGCUUGCAUUAGGCAAGCUGUGUUACUGUGUGUAUUGCCCUAAAUAGGUGGGAAACAUCAAUAUCACCUGGGACUACUUUGUUUCAGUAUUUUUCCUCCACCUGCCUUCCCUGCCUUUUGUCAAGUUUGUCAUUUCCCCCAGUGGUCAUCCAGUGGCAGCUGCAGGUAAAAAAGCUCUGUUUUCCCCCCAAAGACCUCACUGCUGUAAUCUCGAACAUGUGUGAGAUUACAGCGAUGAUUACAGAAGAGGGUGCCAGUUCAUGCGAGGGGCAUGUUCAGGUAAGUAAAUCUCACCUUUCCCUGUCCCCGUGGCCGUACGACCCGCAGCUGACAUGUUAGCAUCGUCUUUCCAAAUUUCCCAAAAGACCCCAGACAGUGACAGAGAUGCUGUAAUUUCAAAGUAACUAAUAUUCAGACAUACAUCUUUAUAUUGGGCUAGUUUAGGGAAUAUUGUUUUAGGUAAUCUUAACAUAUUAAGAAAAAUCCUUAUGCAAAUAAACAAGUUAGCUAGGUAAUCAUACACAAAAACUGUAACCUGAUCUUGGAGGGGAAACUUGUCACUCAAAGAUGUCAAAAUAUUAAACAACCAUAUUAUUCCAUUAAACAUCAUACCAUUUCAUCAAAUCCUGGUUUUUAAUAUUCCAUAUCUUAUGAGAAUACAGAUGUUCUUUUACAAUCAAGUGCUUAAUUAGUGGUUUAUUUCCUGAUUAUUUAAAUAAAUCAUUAUAAAAACUAUAUGAAAGUUAUAAAAAUUUAUAUUUUAGAUUGCACCAAGCAUGUUGUAACUAGUAAUUUGCGUAAUAAUUGUAACUGUAGUCACCAUCACUGGGAGCAGAACUUUACAAUGGUUCCUAAAUGGCUCUUAUGCCUCAGUCACCCUGUGCCAGGGCCGGACUGGGAAUUAAAAGCAGCCCUGGAAAAAAAAUAUUUACCAGCCCCAUAAUGCGUCGCGCCAGCAUAGUGUGCAGAUACAGAGUUAGAAAAGAGAACUUAAAAUUAAAAAUUAUUACUCCAACUUAAAAAAAAAAGCACUCAUAGGCUUCAAAAUAAACAAAAGUGCAGAUUUAUUUUAAGCAGACGUGCCUUUGCAUGUAAUUAAUGUGUCAGUCCAACUACCUUGACAUAUUAAGGAAAGCUUAGUAAUGGGACUGAAAUGGUGAAUGUAUGUAGAGCACAACUGUAAAAAAAUUUUGAAGUCCUGUGGGUGUGCUCUUCACUUUAAAUAUGUUAUUGUGAUGGAGUCUGCAUCUAGCAACAACACUGGGCCAAUAUCUGCUCAUUACAUAUGGUACAUAUUAAUGACAUUUAUCUGUGUAUUAUGCAUAUAUAAAUGUUCAUUAAUAUAUGUGUAAAUAUAAUGGAUAUAUAUAUAUAUAUAUAUAUAUAUAUAUAUAUAUAUAUAUAAAACUAAUACACAUUAAUAUACAUGUCAUAUACCAGUGGUGGAUCCAGAGCCUGAUCCCGGGAGGGGCACUUGUAGAUUAUUUAAAGAAAUAAAUGCCCUGUUGCCUCCCCACCCUCCGAUCCACCAGUGAUAUAUACAGCCCCUAUGUGUGUCUCUUUAUCUCCAGCCCCUCUGUGUGCCUUUUUGUCUCCCCCAGUCACUCUGUAUGUUUGUAUGGGGGGGCUGUGUGUGCAGCAAUGAGUGUGUAUGGGGGGCAGUGUGUGAAUAUGUAUGGUGUGUGUACGAGUAUGUUUUCCUGGCACUAUAGUGGUCCUUUAAGAUGAACAAGCAUCACUUAUUCGCAUGAAGUGAUUAAAUUGUGAUCAUCGAUUUUGAUGAUCUUAGCCGAGGAGGUGGAGCUUCCCCGUGGAGACCAGUGUGGCAAGUGAGAAAAGGUAAGUAAAAAAACUGUUUUACUCCAUACAGGUGGGGACUGGUGUCCUAAACAGCCAACAGGACGCUGUAACGUUAGGAAUAUACAUUUGUAUUCCUAAUGCUAUAAAGUUAUUUAAGGGAAAGUAGGGACUACUUUUCUCCUCUUGACAAAAGGCUGAGCUACUGCCGUCAGGCUUUAUUGCUUCUCCACCCGACGCUAGUCAUGGCUGUGGAGAAAAAAGCAUGACCUUGCUUAUUUUGAGACAAUAUCUAUCGGGGCUCCUGCUGUUUUGCAGGAUCCGCCAUAGACUUCAUAUUGUGAGAUAUUGGCGGAUGAAGCGCUAGGAGCUGGAAGAGGGGGCACUAACAUAGGACAGCAUCAGGUUAGUAUAUCACACACGGCGGCACUGCCAACUAAGUGCGAAACAUACAAAGACCCCAGAAGGUGACAGAGCCACUUUAAUUAAAUGUAAAAAAAAAUUUAAGGAUGUGUUAGCCUGCUCUUUUCCCCGAUCCCCCCACCUUCAGCAUUUAAAAGCCACGUUUAUGUUAUUAGUUACAUUUAUGUUUGUUCUCAGUCUGUUCUCUUCUGCCUUAAGAUUGACUAGGAACAUACUUGUGUAAGCACUGCUGUGUACCCUGUAUAAUACGAGGACUUUCUUUACUUAUGCGUAACUGUGUGCUGUUAUCAGCUGUGCUCUUGUGUCUUCUGGAAAUAUACUUUUACUUGCUGUUUGAACUGCUCAGGGUGUCACUUUCCUCCAUCAGCUCAAACAGCAAGUAAGUGUGAGACAUUUUAUACAAGUGGCAGGAGUGGAGAGACGAUAACAGCAUGGCUCUGACAGAGAAAAUGCUUGGAUUACACAGAGUCUAUCUGAGGUUUAUGCAACAGACUGGGAACAAGCAUAAUAACAGGUAAUGUUUAUAUGUGGGAAAGAGCAGGAAGAUACACACAGACAGGCCAGUCUGAUGCUGUGAUUGUUCUGUGUAAACUUUCAGCAACAAGAAGGUUAGCUUGCACGACAUUCCGUCAGAUAAAACAGUAGAACAUGACCCAACAUGACUGCUAAGCAAGAUAAAAAUGUAAAAGUGCUCUAAAAAGCAGUAUAUGUAUAAUUUUUAAAAAUCAUUAAUUUAAUUACAUUUAGUAAACUGUCAAAAUGGUAUUCCAUUGUAGGUGACUUUCAAGGUUUAGGUAUUACAAGAUUCAUUUCAAGUUGGUCAUAUUUAACACAGAGGUCAUUGGCAUUUUCUGAAACAUUUGUUUCUUUGUUUUACAGGGUAUCUGAAGAUGAAGAGAACAGAGAAGGAGCAAACUGA